UUGUGUUAGAGAGCGCAGUGGAGAGGACUCGAACCACCUGCAGACACGCUCAGCCGCCUCGCGCACAACUUUUCCUCCUCUUCCCAUGACACCGGUCAGUAGGAGCUCUCUUUGACUCUUGGCUGUUUUUGUCAACUUUUUUUUUUUUUUUUGUGUGUGACCACCAAAAGUCGGCCGAAUGUAUAACAUGAUGGAAACCGAGCUGAAGAGCCCUCUCCCGCAGUCCAACUCUGCGCCGGGCGGGAAGAACAGCAGUGCCAGCGACCAGGAGCGCGUGAAGCGGCCCAUGAACGCCUUCAUGGUCUGGUCCCGGGGCCAGCGGAGGAAGAUGGCGCAAGAAAACCCCAAAAUGCACAACUCUGAAAUCAGCAAGCGGCUCGGCGCCGACUGGAAACUUCUGACCGACGCGGAGAAGAGGCCGUUCAUCGACGAGGCCAAGCGCCUGCGCGCCAUGCACAUGAAGGAGCACCCGGAUUAUAAAUACCGGCCCCGCAGGAAGACCAAGACCCUGCUCAAGAAAGACAAGUAUUCUUUGCCCGGGGGGCUGUUGGCGCCAGGAACCAAUACCGUCAACAACUCGGUGUCGGUGGGGCAGCGCAUGGACGGUUACGCGCACAUGAACGGCUGGACGAACAGCGCGUACUCGCUGAUGCAGGACCAGCUGGCCUACCCGCAGCAUCACGGCAUGAACAGCCCGCAGAUCCAGCAGAUGCACCGGUACGAGAUGGCGGGUCUGCAGUACCCCAUGAUGUCCUCGGCGCAGACCUACAUGAACGCGGCGUCCACCUACAGCAUGUCCCCCGCGUACACGCAGCAGACCCCCAGCGCCAUGGGCCUGAGCUCCAUGGCGUCCGUGUGCAAGACGGAGCCGAGCUCGCCGCCGCCGGCCAUCACGUCCCACUCUCAGAGGGCGUGCUUGGGGGACCUGAGGGAUAUGAUCAGCAUGUACCUGCCCCCCGGCGGGGACAGCGCGGACCAUUCGUCCCUGCAGAGCAGCCGGUUGCACAGCGUCCAUCCGCACUAUCAGAGCGCGGGCACCGGCGUGAACGGGACGCUACCUCUCACCCACAUCUGAGGGAACGAGACUUUCAUGAAAAGGAAGAAAAAGAUGGAUACUUGAACUUUAUUUGGUUGCUACAACAACUUCAAAUGUUUUGCUAAAAAAAUAAUAAACUCAAUUACCUAAAAAAAAUCUUCUUUUGAUUGAAAUGGAGUGAAACGUUGAGCCCAGCAGAGAAACCUGCAGAAAGUAGAAGCAAUCAAAUGUAGAAGGAGUGGACUUCUAUAUUUUACAAUAAUAACAAUAAAAAAUGAAAAAAAAUGAAUGCCAUAUUUUCUCUCUUUGAAAAGGCAUGUGGCUCCAUGACGGGGCUGGUGUAUUUCAGAAAAGCUGGAUGGACAGUUGUUCAUAAAUGUUUACACUUUAUUUGUAGUCGUUCUCCACAGUGUGCAAAACUUUUUUGUAGUCCUUUAUUUUGUUUUUUUAUUUUGCCCCUAACAUCUUUAGGGUAAAUGAAAUGGAAGACUGUGCCGGUCGCAAAACACGU